AUGGACAGCGGGAGGACCGCGGGCCGCGUGGCCGCACACGAAGUGCAGAAUGGAAAAACCUCUACCAAUGGUGUGUCGAAUGGCAUCCACCUCCACAGCAAUGGCUUCCGCCUGUCAGAAGGAAGAGCACAUGUGAGUCCCCAGGUGGAGUUGCCUCCGUAUCUGGAGAGAAUCAAGCAGCAAGCCAACGAGGCCUUUGCUUGCCAGCUGUGGACUCAAGCCAUCCAGCUGUACAGCAAAGCAGUUCAGAAAGCCCCCAACAAUGCCAUGCUGUAUGGAAACAGAGCUGCUGCCUACAUGAAGCGCAAGUGGGAUGGGGACCAUUAUGACGCUUUAAGGGACUGCCUGAAGGCCAUAUCCUUGAAUCCAUGCCACCUGAAGGCCCAUUUCCGUCUUGCUCGCUGUCUCUUUGAACUCAAGUACGUGGCGGAAGCGCUGGAGUGUCUGGAUGACUUUAAAGGGAAGUUCCCAGAACAAGCACACAGCAGUGCCUGCGAUGCAUUGGACAGAGACAUCAACGCAGCCCUCUUCUCCAAAAGUGAUAAUGGACAAGAAGGGGGUGGCCCCAUCCGUCUGAGAGCCACAGGCCGCAAGGAUUCCAUCUCAGAGGAUGAGAUGGUGCUGAGGGAGCGCAGCUACGACUACAAAUUCCGAUACUGUGGCCACUGUAACACUACCACAGACAUCAAAGAGGCCAAUUUCUUUGGCAGCAAUGCACAGUACAUAGUCAGUGGGUCAGAUGACGGCUCCUUCUUCAUCUGGGAGAAAGAAACCACCAACCUCGUUAGAGUGCUGCAGGGAGACGAGUCGAUUGUGAAUUGUCUCCAGCCUCAUCCCAGUUACUGCUUCCUGGCCACCAGCGGCAUUGACCCAGUUGUACGACUGUGGAAUCCCCGGCCAGAGAGUGAAACCCUUAAUGGCCGUGUGGUAGUAGACAUGGAAGGUGCUUCCCAAGCUAACCAGAGACGAAUGAAUGCAGACCCUCUGGAGGUGAUGUUGCUGAACAUGGGGUACCGGAUUACAGGACUGACCAGUGGUGGGGCUGGAGGCUCAGAUGAUGAAGACAGCUCAGAGGGGCAAGUCCAGUGCCGGCCCAGCUAAAACAGAACUGCCUCUCCUUCCUCUAAUUGUUUGGCUGAAAGGGAACCUAGUUUCCUUGGUCCUGAACUUUCUCUGAUGAAUGACUGCACUGUAUCGCACUAUGCACAGAGUAGGACAAACUGGCAGGGGCAGGAGCAGCCGUCUCCUUAAACCAUUACCACCACCUCCUCCUUCUCCCAUCGCACUGCUGAGCAGCAUGGCAGUGCAGUCUGGGGUUUGCCUUUAGUGGAACUUAGUCCCAGCAGGGAUCUUUGAGUUGUCUGCAAGCAGUGUAAGCUGGUGACUUCCUCCAGAGCUGCUGUGUGACCUGACGCAGAGCAGCGUUGCCUGCAUUCAUGCAUUUGCAGAAGGGAUGUUAAAUUCCUGAAUAAAAUGCAAACCUAGGGCAGGGGUUAUAGAAUGAAUUUACUGCAGUGAUCUUGGUCUUGAAAGCUUGACUCUGCUCUUAUGCUACCAGCCUGUCUAGAGGCCCCUGGUUUAGGGCUGUUGGCCACGAAAUACCCGUUUUGUCCCUUAGUGUCUGUCUUCUGGCUUCCAUCUCUAACACGUUGCCAUCGUACGUGGCUGCGUUGUGUUAAGGACUGGAUACUGCCUGUCUUGUCCCUGGGCGGCUGUCUUAGUUGAUGAAUCAGCGAGGGCAGCUCAGCAGGGCAGGAUGUGUUUGCCCAGCUCUGAUACUUUCUUCUGUGGUCUGUGAACCUGUGGAGAAAGGUGACAGUAAUGGGAGCAGGUCUGAUCAGAGACCCAGGACUUGUGCAGCUAAAGCUGCUGAGGAAAGGGGCUGGAAACAGCACUGUCGCAGAGCUGCUCUCUAUUGCCUGGAAUGUGUGUAGCUGUGUUCACCUUCUGCUCUCUUUGUCGCCAGUGUUGGAGCUGAGAACUUUACCACCACAUACAUGUUGCACCCAAUGCUCUGAGCUUUUAGGCAGCAGCGUUUCUAUGCAGUUGGCUGCUCUGUCUUGGCCAAGGUGGGCCUGCUGUGCCUCACUGGUGUAACAUCUGAUGGAUUAGUGGUCCUCUCAGGAAAACCUCCUUCCUCUUCCCAUUCUCCACACACUGGCUCUGGCUGCAAGGCCAGGAGUACGCCUAGAAAUGCAGCACUGUACUUCCAUUCCUUACCUUCUCAUGUAACAUGCAGCUCUGUUUUCCCCUCUUGCAGUUGCCAAACACUAAAUAUCAAAUAGAUCUUACACAACCGUGCUACAACCGAAUCUGAAGAGGUUGCUUUUUUUUCUAGGACUAUCAACUAAGACCAAAGAGCCCCUGGAGAUCUUAACUGCUCUGCACUGUCUUGUGUCUCUUACUGCUGAAGGUCUGAACAUGCUAGCCUUGGUCCCAGGGGUGAGAUGUGUGUCUGGGAGUAUGUGAGCAUGUAUGUGUGCUGCAUUAGGGCUGUUCUUCCAUGUGGUGCAAUCCCUGGUCUUCCUGUUCCUGCUGUGGAAGGAUGAGAGGCCUCCCUUUCCUCCUCUGGCUGCUUCUGGCUGCCAGGCGUUGACGAGAGAGACUGCACACUGCUGACUGAUCAAGGUAACUGGCUUUUCCUCCCUUCCAGAACAGUCUUUAUGAGAUGAGUGAGCCUUGUGCAGGAGGGAAGGAGGUCACAGUCGGAGCUGACAGCAUCUCUCAAAGGAUGCUUCUUGUUCCCUGCAGAGAGAUACUCCUCCCCCCCCCCCCACUCUCUCCUUGCAGUCGCAGUGAAGCUAACUGGGAUCUGAUCUCUACCCUCAGACAAAAAUGUCCAUCUGCUCUGUCACGUGUGGCUGAAGCAGAACCUUAGCAAGCCCUGGUCUUGUGGACGUGUGCCCCUUACCACCAGGAAACAACUGGCUGCCCUCGUGCUCUGCUGAGCUGGGAUGGCGGAUUUCUGUUUCUUGGUUCAAUCAGGCUCACCCUCCAUCUUCUCUUGCUGAAGCAGAGCUCUCCUGGGACAGAAGGUCGCUGCCACUUGGCUGCUGAGGGCACAUCUGCUUGUUUUCAUGCAGUACCAGUGCAGUAGAUGCGACUUGUUACUCAGUUUACCUUUUGGCUGCGUACGUGGUUCCCCCACCCCAGGUGUACCCUGGCACUCAGUGCUUUUCAAAACCCAGAGGCAGCAGAAAAUUCUUCUCACUUGAGUGUCUUUUUGAUGUGGUCUGGCCUUUCUUUUUGCUUAAGGCUUUCCUACUAGAUGCAUCCCCCUACCCCAAUCAAACUUUUGUUUUUCAGCUUUCGGUAGGCAAUGUCUACAGACUUGAUUUUUAAACAGACUGAGAAGGAAAGCUUUGAAAAGAACAGACCUGUCCCUCCCCAUUCACCUUUUGCUGUGGCAGCUAUUUUUUGUUGUUUUUACCUUUGUGAGACAGUGCAGCUCUUUUUACCUGCCAGUUGCAGUGUGAGAGCUAUAAGAUUCCCUGCCUCUGCAGUGGAUUGCUUUUUCUUAAUGGCUGCUUUGAUUAAAAAGAUAAAUAAUAAUGGGAGAGAAGGGGAGAGAAAAAUCUUUCUGCCUCUAGCCCCUUUCCCCCUUGUUGCAGGCAGAUCGCCUGCUUUGUCGCUUGUUAAUGAGGAAUUUGUAUUUAUUGGUGAAGGAAAAACAUGCUGGGGAAGUAGGGAGAAGAUGUUGCUUUAUUGACCUCUGCUGUUUACUUCGACCCCCUCCUCGGGAAAGCUUCUUCCUGCUCUUUCUGGUUAACUCUUUCUAGCCUGGGAUAUACAGGGAUGCCUCCUUUAUUUUUGUAUUCUAGCAAUGGACUCUCUGUAAGGAGACUCUAGGAUUCUCUUAGUGUUGCAAUGACCAUUAUUUGUAGCCUUUUCGAGUACUAAAGAUGAUCAUCUCGUAAACUUUGCCCCUGCAGUUGUAGAGGUAACACACAAGCCUUACUGCCCUCAUUAGGAGCAGAAAACUUGUUUCUCUGGUCCCUGGAAGAGAAAGGGUUAAGCAAUUAAACAGUUCUUUGUUCUA